CUAUCCAUCUCUGAGACCUGCUACACUGUGGCUAUCAUGCCCCAUAUGCUUUCUGGUCUCUUGAAUCCUCACCAUCCCAUCGCCACCCACAGCUGUGCCACUCAGCUCUUCUUCUAUCUCACCUUUGGCAUCAACAACUGCUUCCUGCUCACAGUCAUGGGAUAUGACCGCUAUGUGGCCAUCUGCAACCCCCUAAGGUAUUCAGUCAUCAUGAGUAAAAGGGCCUGUAUCCAACUGGCCUCUGUGUCACUGGGGAUUGGCCGCAUGGCCAUUGUCCAAGUAACGUCUGUGCUUGGCCUGCCAUUGAUAUGCCUUGUCAUCUCCCACUUCUUCUGUGAUGUGAGACCCCUGCUGAGGCUGGCCUGCACAGACACCACUGUCAAUGAGAUCAUCAACUUUAUUGCCAGUGUCUGUGUCUUUGUCCUACCUAUGGGCCUGGUCUUUAUCUCCUAUGUCCUCAUGAUCUCCACCAUUCUUACGAUUGCCUCAGCUGAAGGUCGGAAGAAGGCCUUUGACACCUGCGCCUCCCACCUCACACUGGUCAUCAUCCACUAUGGCUGUGCCUCCUUCAUCUACCUGAAGCCUAACUCCCAGAGUUCCCUGGGACAGGACAGACUCAUCGCAGUGACCUACACUGUCAUCACUCCCCUACUGAACACUAUUGUGUACAGCCUGAGGAACAAGGAGGUCAAAGAUGCUCUGUGCAGAGCCAUGGGGCAAAAGCCCCUGUCUCCUUAA